AUGUCUGGAAGAGGGAAAGGAGGUAAAGGACUCGGAAAAGGAGGCGCCAAGCGUCACCGUAAGGUUCUCCGCGACAACAUCCAGGGUAUCACGAAGCCUGCUAUUCGCCGUCUGGCUCGCCGUGGCGGAGUCAAGCGGAUCUCCGGUCUCAUCUACGAGGAGACCCGCGGAGUGCUCAAGGUGUUUCUGGAGAACGUGAUCCGUGACGCCGUCACCUACACCGAGCACGCCAAGAGGAAGACCGUGACCGCCAUGGACGUGGUCUACGCUCUCAAGAGGCAGGGCCGCACUCUGUACGGCUUCGGCGCCGCCAAGAAGAAGAGCGCCAAACCCGCCAAGACCGGUCCCAGCGUCGGCGAGCUCAUCGUCAAGGCUGUGUCCGCCUCCAAGGAGCGCAGCGGUGUGUCACUAGCUGCCAUCAAGAAAGCUCUGGCCGCCGGAGGAUACGAUGUGGAGAAGAACAAGGCUCGUGUCAAGACCGCAGUGAAGAAGCUGGUUACUGCCGGAACCCUGGUCCAGACCAAAGGUACCGGAGCUUCCGGCUCCUUCAAGAUGAGCAAGAAAGAAGCUCCCAAAGCCAAGAAAGCCGCUCCCAAAGCCAAGAAGGCUACCGCCAAGAAACCCGCAGCAGCCAAGAAGCCCAAGAGCCCAGCGAAGAAGCCCGCGUCCGCUAAGAAGUCUCCGAAGAAGGCGGCCAAGAAGCCCGCAGCUAAGAAGGCGGCGACAAAGAGUCCCAAGAAAGCUGCCGUCAAGAGCCCCAAGAAAGCUGCCGCCAAGAAGCCCGCCAAGAGCCCCAAGAAGGCGGCUAAGAAGCCCGCAGCCAAGAAAACUCCAGUCAAGAAGGCAGCCAAGCCCAAAGCCAAGAAGGAAAUAAUGGCAAGAACCAAGCAGACCGCGCGUAAGUCCACCGGAGGCAAAGCCCCCAGGAAGCAGCUGGCCACCAAGGCCGCCCGCAAGAGCGCCCCUGCCACCGGCGGAGUCAAGAAGCCUCACCGUUACAGGCCCGGCACCGUGGCUCUGCGAGAGAUCCGUCGCUACCAGAAGUCCACCGAGCUGCUGAUUCGCAAACUGCCCUUCCAGCGUCUGGUCCGUGAGAUCGCGCAGGACUUCAAGACCGAUCUGCGCUUCCAGAGCUCCGCCGUUAUGGCUCUUCAGGAGGCCAGUGAGGCUUAUCUGGUCGGCCUCUUCGAGGACACCAACCUUACUUUGGUUCAAAUCGCUCGAGCUUUAACGAUGUCUGGAAGAGGUAAGGGCGGAAAAGGACUUGGAAAAGGAGGCGCCAAGCGUCACCGCAAGGUUCUCCGCGACAACAUCCAGGGCAUCACCAAGCCCGCUAUUCGCCGUCUGGCUCGCCGUGGUGGAGUCAAGCGGAUCUCCGGUCUGAUCUACGAGGAGACUCGCGGAGUGCUCAAGGUGUUCCUGGAGAACGUGAUCCGUGACGCCGUCACCUACACCGAGCACGCCAAGAGGAAGACCGUGACCGCUAUGGACGUGGUCUACGCUCUCAAGAGGCAGGGCCGCACUCUGUACGGCUUCGGCGGUUAAACCAAUUGUGAACUCAAGACAACCCAAAGGCUCUUUUAAGAGCCGCCCACAGUCUCUAAAUAGCAAUCCUGAACCAUCCACAUAUGCUACUACUAUGAACAAGAGAGAGCAGUAAGGAUGUCUAAACUGUUUAGCUAAUGUAUAGCCGGAUUAGCUUUUUAAAUAGUAUAUAACAGGAUUUUGACAAUUCUUUUGUAAAGUAAUGGAGAUACAAUCAAAAUACACUUAUUACCUGAGUAUGAUUUGGUUUAAGGAAAAACCCUAUACAUAUAUUUGUGUCCUUAUGCUCCCAGCACUUUGUUUUAUCCCUUUCCCUCAAAAAGUGCGAAA